AUGCUAAAAACUCAAUCCUCAAGAGAUGGCUCUGGACUUGUUGAUUUUAAUUCCAAUGAUGAAUUAGAUUUUUCUGCUGAUGAGCUUGACAAUUCAAACUCUUUAUAUAAUACAUCCACAAUACAUAUUAAUCCAUUUCAAAUAAUUAGAUCAGGGCUAAAAAAUACAACUGCAGUAGAUAAUACAAUGAAUUAUCUACGUAUUAGAGGUAGAUUUCUUUCAAAUGAAUAUUCUGCUUCUUUCGAUACACAUAUUUCCCUGAAUGUUACAUCUGACCCUAUAAAAGAUUGCAAUUUGACCAAUGAAAACAACAUUCGCUUAAGUAAUAAUUACGAUGAUGAUCUUCUUAAAUCUUGGCAAGCUACUAUUUUAACUAGAAAAAGAACCCCUAAAAUCUAUUAUCCUGAUAAUUCUAUAAACAUAAAUCCUACCAAAAAUUAUACUCUUAAUGCUGAAAUCGAUCGUCUAAACGAGUGUGAAAAAAGAACAGAAAACCUAGAUUACUGGCCUCUGCAUACUGAAACUUUUUAA